GAUGUUGAUCCAGGACAGUCUCCACAAGAUCCCGUGGGCCGUCCCAUCAUGCACCAGUCUGGUAUUAAGCAUGCCACUGGUGAAGCAGUUUACAUUGAUGACAUUCGUCCAGUGGAUGGAGAACUUUCACUGGCUGUGGUCACGAGUACUAAAGCCCAUGCAAAGAUUAUAUCAAUUGAUGCAUCAGAGGCCCUUCAGGUGCCAGGAGUGGUUGAUGUAGUGACAGCAAGAGAUGUUCCAGGGGAAAAUGGAAAGGAUGAGCAAGCGUAUGCAGAAGAUAAAGUGAUUUGUGUUGGUCAGAUAAUCUGUGCUGUGGUUGCAGAGUCACUGACUCAGGCAAAGUGUGGUGCUGAAAAGGUGAAGAUCGUGUACCAAGAUUUGGAGCCAAUUCUGACCAUUGAGGAUGCAAUAAAACAUAAUUCGUAUAUUACUGAAGAAAGGAAAAUAGAAAAAGGAGAUAUUGAGAAAGGAUUCGAGUCUGCUGAUGAAAUCAUAGAAGGUGAAUUGCAUGUUGGAGGACAGGAACAUUUUUACCUGGAAACAAACAGUGUGCUUGUUAUUCCAAGAGUGGAGGAUAAAGAAAUGGACGUGUAUGUGUCAACACAGCAUGCAACAGAUGUACAGGAAUUAGUGGCUUCAGCUUUAAACCUCCAGUCCAGUAAAAUUAUGUGCCAUGUGAAACGUGUUGGUGGAGCAUUCGGUGGGAAGAUUACUAAACCUUCACUCUUUGCUGUAAUUGCAGCAGUGGCAGCCAACAAGACCGGGCAUCCAGUCCGUUUUACCCUUGAAAGAAAUAUGGAUAUGUUAAUCACUGGUGGACGGCACCCUUUCUUUGGAAAAUAUAAAGUUGGAUUCAUGAAUGAUGGUAGACUCAUAGCUGCAGAUUUCCAGUGCUAUAUCAAUGGUGGCUGUACAAAAGAUGAAUCUGAGUUGGUGAUUGAGUACAUUGUGUUGAAAGUGGACAAUGCAUAUAAUAUACCCAAUCUCCGAGUCAGGGGCCAUGCCUGCAAGACUAAUUUGCCUUCUAAUACUGCCUUCCGAGGAUUUGGGUUUCCCCAAGCAGGUCUAUUUUUGGAGACCUGUAUUGUGGCUGUGGCAACUCAGACUGGCCUACCACAUGAGAAGGUUAGGGAAAUAAACAUGUACAAAGGAGUUAACCUAACAUCCUUCAAAGAAGAGUUUGAUGCAGAGAAUCUGUGGCAAUGUUGGGAAGAAUGUUUGGACAAGUCUGACUACUACAGACGAAAAGCAAUGGUGGAAGAAUUUAACACAAAAAAUUAUUGGAAAAAGAAAGGGAUUUCCAUAAUUCCCAUGAAGUUUUCUGUUGGAUUCAAUGCAACGUAUUUUCAUCAGGCUGGGGCUCUCGUCCAUAUCUAUAUAGAUGGGUCUGUCCUAGUCACUCAUGGUGGAAUUGAACUGGGACAAGGAAUUCACACUAAAAUGUUACAGAUUGCCAGUCGUGAACUGAAAAUUCCACUGUCAUAUAUUCACUUCUGUGAAACAAGCACAACAACUGUACCUAAUGGCAAAUACACAGCAGGAUCAAUUGGAACGGAAAUCAAUGCAAGAGCCGUCCAGGAUGCUUGUCAAAUCCUUUGGAAACGUCUGGACCCCAUACGAAGAGACAAUCCUAAUGGCAAAUGGGAAGACUGGAUCAGUGAAGCUCACAAGCAAAGCAUCAGUCUUUCAGCUACUGGUUAUUUCAAAGGUUAUGAUACAAACAUGAACUGGGACACACAGAAAGGCCAUGCAUUCCCAUAUUUUCUGUUUGGAGUUGCAUGUUCUGAAGUAGAAAUUGACUGUUUGACAGGAGGACACAAGAACAUCAGAACAGACAUUGUCAUGGAUGCCUGUUUUAGCAUAAACCCAGCUAUAGAUAUAGGACAGAUUGAAGGGGCCUUCAUUCAGGGAGUUGGUCUUUAUACAUUAGAAGAAAUCUACUUUUCCCCAGAAGGAGAGCAGCUCACUCUUGGCCCAGAUACAUAUAAGAUCCCUUCAAUCUGUGACAUUCCUGAGCAGUUCUGCGUCUAUUUACUGCCAAAUUCACGCAACUCCAUUGCUAUCUAUUCUUCCAAGGGCAUCGGUGAGGCUGGAUUUUUCUUGGGCAGCUCAGUGUUCUUUGCAAUACGAGAUGCAGUGGCUGCUGCACGGAAGGAAAGAGGUCUGCCGCUGGACUUCACACUGAACAGCCCCUUGACUGUUGAGCGGAUUCGCAUGGCCUGUGAUGAUGUCUUUACUGACAUGAUUCCAAAAGAUAAACCCGGAACUUACAAGCCAUGGGCCAUCCGUGUAGAUUAA